AGGACAGCAUGUGGUACCAGAGACAGAAGCUGACCCAUGGACCCUUGAGGUGGGGGAAUAGAUCUUUUCAGGGCACGAGGGACAAAGAUAGGCAACUGGAUAAAGGCCCAGGUGUUGCCUGGGCCAUUGCUCCCACGUACAGGAACCCGACCUUGUGGGUAAGGACACGCUGUCCUCCAGCCAAGUUAAUAACUUCCUCCCCCAGCCAAGGAACAUAGCUCUGUGUCUACAGCUCCUGCUCAAACUGUCAAAACCACCCUGCAGCUCAGGAUCAAGGAGCUGGGUCACAGGAAGGUCGGUUUCAGGAUACCCCCCAAGGACUGCCUUCUCCCCGGAAUUCCAUCAUGAAGGCCCAUAUGCUUGUAGGUGUGCUGGUCAUCGUGGGCUUCGCAGUGGCAAAAGCCCCUGUUCCUGAAGUCCGGACCUGCCACCUCUGCCUCUUAGAAGACCCUUCUACAGGGUGCAUUUCAGGCUCAGAGAAGUGCACCAUCAGCACCCCAUCACCAUGUAUGGUGAUCACCAUCUAUUAUGAUACCAAGAUUCGUUUCUUCAUCCGAGGCUGUGGACAGUAUAAUUCUUACCGCUGCCAAGAAAAACGCAAUACCUACUUCUCGGAGUACUGGUACCAGGCCCAGUGCUGCCAGUACGAUUACUGCAACUCCUGGUCCAGCCCCCAGCUCCACAGCUCCCCACCUGAUCCCCCGGCUGGGGCCUGGGCCUUGCCCCUGUCCGAGUCCCAGAUCCACUGGUUCUACCAGGCCCUGAAUCUCUCACUGCCCCUCCGUAGCUUCCAUGCUGGGAAGGAGCCCAAAGGGUUGGACGCCCCAGCCAUCCUGCCCCUGAACCUGAACUUGUCCAUUGCUGACCUGCGUCGCAUAUAUUUGUUCCUCAAUAGCUCGGGACUUUUGGUUCUUCCCUGGGUUGCGCCCUGAUGCCUUAGCCUUCCUGGAUUUCACUGCAUUCCAGCAUCUUUCCUCUAACACCACAGCCCUGCGCUGCCCUCUUAAAACACCCAUGUUCUCUGCUCUCUGAUUUCUCUGGCCUCCCUUCCUCUGUACUUCCAGCGUGACUAUGGCUUUGGUGUCUUUUCUUUCCCAGAAACCGGUGGUGCUGGACCUCGUAGAAAAUAAUGAGUUUAGAGUCUGCCUAGGCCAGCCUGGGGAAGGCAUAGUGGCUUCCUCGUGUCCUUUCCUGUCACCGGAGUCCGUCAUCCCCCUCAUCUUUCCAGUCCUCUGGCAAUCUGGUCACUGCUGCCUCCAUUCAGAUCUGGUUGUAGAUCACAUCCUAUGCCCAUCUUAAGACCCAGACUGAACUUGCAGCAAGAAGAAUGAAGGGGAGACUUCCGUGCACAUUUUCUGACUAGCACUGUGCUGUCUCUGCCUCACUCCCUCCACCCCCACCCCUGCCCUGGUCACCUGCUUCUCUCCUCUCAUUGCAGUCCCUGGCCUCCUCAGCCUCACUUUGCAUCACUGAGUCCUGACACCCACUUUAGUAGAUGCCAGGGGAGGGGAGAGGAGAGACGAGGGUCUGGCCUGCUCUGCUCCACAUCUGCUUGCUCUCCACAACCUCCACAAUAAAUGAACUGGGCUAAGUCUGUGUCACACUGUUUAUGGGGUCAGGCUCAGGUGUGGGCAAGUAUAGAC